UUUAAAACAAAGCAAUUCAAAGUUUAAACAAAACAAAUCCGGGUUUUGAGAUAAACAACUUACGGAAUUCCAUAAAAUCCUCCAAAAUCGUUGCAAGCCAAUGAAUGUUCGCCAAAGCCAAAGGUAUGAUGUAUGGAUUAACCGAGCCAUGCUAUUUAGAACAUAAAAAGAGAUACAAAAGAGUUUGAGAUAGUGAAAAACAAUUGUCAAAACAUGGAAAACAGUAAGUUACUAAGCCUUUUGUGUGUAGCGUCGCUCACACUGCUUGUGCAUGCGGCACCAAGUCGGAGUGUUACUGACGACAUUGCCAUUCUGAAAGAGAGAAUAGACAGACAGACGCUUGCCUUAACCACUCUGAGGGCAAAAGUCGGCGACCUGGAACAGAGCUUCAGUCAAUCACUUAGUUUAACAUCACAGUUUAUUGAAGAUGUGACCCAACAGCUUACAGCUAGGUCAACUAGUGUUGCCUUCUUCGCGCGUCUUGACAAAAGCUACGAGAAUAUUGGCGCAUGGGAGACGAUUGUGUUUAAAACGGUGGUUACCAACGAGGGUGGGGCAUACGAUGGAACAACGGGUGUAUUCACCGCACCAGUGAAUGGCACUUACGUGUUUAAUUCAAAUAUCAUGGCGAAAGCAGGAAAGUCUAUUGAAACAUCGCUCAAGGUAAAUGACAUCAACAAACUGUACCUUUAUUCAGGAGGAACAGCCAGUUUCUAUGGCCCUGGCAGCAAUAUGGCGGUUCUGAAUCUGAACUCUGGGGAUAAAGUUAAGAUGGUGAAACAUGGGCCUUGGGGAUUGGAGCCAUUCUACAUUCAUGCUACCUGGAGUACUUUUUCUGGCUUUCUACUCAAACCAAGCUUAUAAAAUCCAAAUGUGUUUGAAAGAAAACAUUGGUUUUAUAUUGUUUUCAAUUGUUUUAUAAUUAUGUUAAUUGUUACUAUAAAUGAAAAUGUGCAAUUUGGAAUAUAGGCUGUAAUACUAUUUCAAGUGUGCACUAGCUUUUUAAUAUAAUUUUCAAAAUAAUCAGAUUCUUCUUGUCACGCAUUAUUACAGGUUUACUUCAUUUGUGUUUUGAUACAUGUUUGAUACAUCGUAUUGAAUUAAGUCAGGUAAAUAAUCUAUUUUAUUUCAACGUGUAUAUAAUAAUUUAGCAUUUAAAUUAAAAACAUUAUAUUUAAUAAACAUCGAUAUAUCUAGUGUGACAAUUAUAGUUCUGUAUCUUUGCUAAUGCUUCUUUUAACAAUGCUGUUUUAAUGCUGUUUUUUAAAAUGUCAUACUUUUGAAUGCUGAUAUGAAAAGAUGAUUUUUAAGUAUUCAACAUUCAUACUAGCUCUAUUCUUGUGCUAUUACACUGUCAUGCCACCAUCUCUGUGAUACCUUCGCGCAUAUUGUAAGUUGUUUUUAAUUGUUUAUGAAUGUUGGUACAUUUUAAACUGAAUCAAUGUUAUGUUAUGUGAUGUUAUGUUUCACACUUUUCAAGUAAUUCUGUAAGCAUUAGCGUGUUAUUAUUUGCACGUGUUCCUUAUUGCUUGUUUUAUAAAAUCAAAUCUUUGUUAUCAAAAGUAAUAGCUGUAGAUGUACUUCUCACAUAAGGCAUGUGUUUUUUUUUCUACAAUAAAUGUUAACAUUGAAA